AUGCUUGGGCAAAGAAAAAUCCGCAUCAAUGGCGCCUAUUGCGGCAUGGAGGCUAUCCUCCUGGGAAUCAUCUCCUCGGUCGGAGGCUUCCUCUUCGGCUACGAUACCGGCCAGAUAUCCGGCAUACUGCUUUUCAGUGAUUUCAUUCACCGAUUCGGACAGCACCAACCCGAUGGCACGAAGGAGUUCAAGCCCAUCAUCGAGUCGCUCGUCGUCUCCCUCAUGAGCAUUGGCACCUUGGUCGGAUCUCUCACCUCAUCUUAUACCGCCGACUGGUUCGGUCGUCGAAAGAGCCUGAGCUUUGGCGUCAUCAUCUUCCUCAUCGGCUCCGUCAUCCAAAUAACCGCCAUGGAGAGCUGGGUCCACAUCAUGAUGGGCCGUUUCGUCACCGGUUUAGGCAUCGGCAACCUCUCCGUCGGCGUCCCCAUGUUCCAAUCCGAGUGCGCGCCGCGCCAGAUCCGCGGUGCCGUCGUUGCCUCCUACCAGCUCAUGAUCACCCUCGGCAUCCUCGUCUCCAACUGCGUUAACUAUGGCAUGCGCGAGAUUCAAGACUCUUCUGCGUCAUGGCGCGUUGUCAUCGGCCUUGGCAUGGUCUUCUCCCUUCCUCUCGGUAUCGGAAUCCUCGCCGUGCCCGAGUCACCUAGAUGGCUUGCCGCUCGGUCGGACUGGGAUGCCGCGCGCAUGUCUCUGGCUAGGCUCCGGGGUCUGAAGUAUGACCCGCACAAUGAACUCGUCGAGGCGGACUUCAUCGAAAUGCGGGACAUUCUCGAGAAGGAAAAGGCCGUCGGUGUUGGUGGGUGGAAGGAGUGCGUCAUCCCGAGGGCGAACGGUAUCCCGAAGCAGGUGUACCGAACGUUUUUGGGUGUCUCGUUGCACUUCUUGCAGCAGUGGACUGGCGUCAACUACUUCUUUUACUACGGCGCGACCAUCUUCCAGUCGGCCGGCAUCGAUGACCCCAUCCGGACGCAGCUCAUCCUCGGAGCCAUCAACGUCGGCAUGACCUUCUUCGGGCUGUACGUUGUCGAGAAAUUCGGACGGCGGUGGCCGUUGUUCAUCGGUGCUAUCUGGCAGGCCGUGUGGUUGACCAUCUUUGCGUCCAUGGGUACUGCACUCAACCCCGAGAAUAACUCGGCGUCGGGCAUUGUCAUGAUUGUUUCCGCCUCUAUGUUCAUUGCCUCUUUCGCUUCCACCUGGGGUCCCAUCUGCUGGGUCGUCAUCGGCGAGACUUUCCCCCUUCGAACUCGUGCAAAGCAGGCGUCCCUGGCGACAUCCUUCAAUUGGCUUGGAAACUUCAUGAUCUCAUUCCUCACCCCUCUCGCCACCGAUGGCAUCUCCUACGCCUACGGAUACGUCUUCGUCGGCAUGAACCUAGUCGGCGCCCUCGUCGUCUGGUUCUUCCUCUACGAGUCUGUCAGUCUCAGCCUCGAGAACGUCGACCUCAUGCACAGUCAGCCUGGCGUCAAGCCUUGGAAGUCGCGAAGUUGGGUUCCCCCGGGCUACGUCACUCGCCUUCUCAAGGAGGACGAGUCCGAAACGGGAGGGGCGAGGAGUGGUUCGGAAAAUGGAAUUCUUGAGGCGCAGGAUAAGACGAGGUCUAGCGAUGUGCCGGGCGUUGAAUAUAAGGCGUAG